CUUUGAGCGCGACCUGAUCGCGACAACACAUCCCACCCCUCAUACUGAGGCUAUCAUCUGUUACAGUUAAUAAUCGCCUCGCUCGUCUAUAGGACUGCACUUACUCAAGACUAUUCUCAACAUUUAUAUCGCGAUUUAACUAUCUCAGUCAGUCAAUGCCAAGGGGAAAGCUCACAACGCUACUUGAGUUGGACUUGGAGCAGGACUUGGACCUAUUUACCCAUCAAACACAGCCAUUAACGAAAACCAUGCCUCCCGCAAAGAGAGGCCGCGCCGCCGCAACAGGCCGAGUAGCCAAGUCAACUCGAGUGCCACGAGCAUCGGCACGGAAUGCGCUGGCUGAGAAAGCUGGGAACAUCCAAGAGGACUCGACAGAAAGCAGAGGCAUAAAACGACCUGCUAGCGAUGCGAUUGAUGCGCCAGAAGACCAGGAUACCGAAGCCAAGCCCAGGCCAGGAAGAGGACGACCAAGGGUGACUAAGGCACGAAGACUUGCUGAGGCUGAGGAGGAAGACGAGCUAUCGGUCAUGGAGAGUGAAACCACUCCACCUCAGCCUGUCAGAAGAGGACGCAAACCCAAGAUUAAUGUUGAAGCCGAGAAAGCCGAGGUCGCCGAAAUUCCCGAGACACAGCCAGAAAUAGAGAUUCCUGAAACUCAGCAAGUUGAUAUAGCAGACACCGAUAUAGUGGAAGAUGAUCCAAUAGAGGUGGUACCUUUUCGGUAUCUUAGUCAAGGGAUAUCCUCCGUUCAACGACCUCAAUCCAAAACGUUAUUUACUGCCAGCCGAAGGCCUGUUUCCGCUUCUGAUUCCGAACUAAAUGACCCAAGCUUGAGACGGCGCAUUGGAGAACUUACUCGGAAAAACGAGGCGCUCGAAGCUAAAUAUCGUGAUCUACGGGAAAUUGGUGUUCAGGAAGCAGAGCGAAAUUUCGAUCGACUAAGAAAGCAAAGCGAAGAAAGAGCAAACACGGAUAAAGAGCUCAUCGCCACUCUCAAGGCCCAGUUAGCCGGCGAGACAGAGGUAGCUAAAGAGGUCGAGCAACUUCGAAAGCAGCUUGAAGACAGUCAAAAGAAGGUUGAAGAACUACAAGGCUCUUUGACGGAAGCGAAGGCUGAAAUCAAGACAUUGUCGACAAAACUUACUGCCGCUCGAUCGGCAGAGCCAGCCAACGUAAAGAUUCCCGGUAGUGCCAUGAAGAACAACUUUGCAAAUAACCGACAUGCUAUCAACGCUGCAGAAGCUGCAGCUCAAGUGGCACAGAAGAAAGAAAACCUCUAUGGGGACCUGACGGGCUUGCUGGUCUGCGGCGUUAAGCGAGAAAAUGAUGAAGAAGUGUUCGACUGUGUGCAAACAGGUAGAAAUGGAACUCUCCAUUUCAAAUUGUCGAUUGCACUCGAUGGGUCAUCAGACAAGUUCGAAGAUGCACAGUUCAUGUACAUGCCUCAGCUUGAUGGCGCUCGAGACCAGGAGCUGAUCGAUACGCUGCCGGAUUAUCUUGUCGAGGAAAUUACUUUCCCGCGGUUACAUGCGGCGAAGUUCUAUUCAAGAGUGGUGAAGGCCUUGAAUGACCGACCAGAGUAAUUCACGGCCUUAGCGGCUGGUGUAUGGGGACUUUACCCAUUGAACUAAGCAGUUUAGGGUGUGAACGUUCAAGACAAGGCUGGACAAAUCGGGCAGAUGGUGUGGUUACGAUGCUUUAUGAUACCCAUCUAGUUAUUCUGGCGUUAUGAGGGGCUUGAGACAUACCUAGGUAGUCUAUAGAGUGACAUUUGAGAUUUUCCUGGCCUCGUAAUAGCACAAGAUGCGCGUAUAUGCAGCCUGAUCAGAAUCACAAACAUGGGCUUCAUCGUGUAAGCUGCUCAAUUAUUUAGGUAUAUCUUGUUCGUAGGUGCUGUGCUCGUUACCUACCUCCAGUCUGCCUGGGUAUGGUCAGCUCCUAUCCCAAAUCCUUUGGACAGGGCAGAGACAGGGGCAGAG